AUGGCUGCGAAGCUUCAUGAAGAUAACCGGAAACAAUCUUGGGUUUCCGGUCUUCUGAAGGUCCCUCUUCCGCGGCGUAUCGUUACAACGCGCAAGUUCGUCGCUCAGAGUCUCAAUGCUGUUUUCCAAAGCGCAGCAUACUGUACGCCUAUUUUCUACAUUGCCGCCUAUUCCAAAACCCUUGGGUACAGUGACUCGGAGGGCUCUAAUUUCACUGCAUUGAGACGACUUGACUCAUUCUUUCUCACGACGCUUCUAAGCUCCGUGCCCACCGCAGGCUUAUGGGUUCCCAGUACUGUUUUCGGUACCACGAACGAAUCAUCCGGAAAAGGUCUGUUCCUUGGAUUCACCAUCCUCUUGCUGUUGAACCUCCCCCCGCGAAAGACCAUGUCAACUAUCCCUACUAGGAAUAUCCUCGACGCGGUCGGAAAAACACCAUGCAUCGAGCUGCGCCAUGUAGUUCCAGAUGGCUGCGCGCGUGUUUUGGUCAAGCUGGAGGGCUUGAAUCCCACGGGCUCCUAUAAAGACCGCAUGGCCCGAUCAGUGAUUGAAGAAGCUGAACGACGAGGUGAUCUGAGACCCGGCAUGACAGUUGUUGAAGCCACCGGUGGCAGUACGGGCUCCUCACUUGCUUUUGUUUGUGCAAUCAAGGGUUACAGUUUCCUUGUUGUAUCGUCAGACGCGUUCGCGGAGGAAAAGUUGAAGACAAUGUCCGCGUUUGGAGCGACGGUGGAUAUCGUCCAUAGUCCAAGCGGGAAGAUUACGCCUGAAUUGAUUCCGUCUAUGCGCGACCGGGCGAAGGAGCUCUCUCAAGGGGGUGAUUACUAUUAUGCAGACCAGUUUAACAACCCAGAUGUCCUUGUCGGCUACGAAGGGCUAGGUCGUGAACUUCUGGAGCAGAUUCCGGAGGGCAUCGAUGCGUUCUGUGGUGCAGUGGGUGGUGCAGGAAUGGUUAUGGGAGUGGCCCAAGUCUUGAAAGCAAAUCAGCCACACUGCUGGGUGACUGUCCUGGAACCUGCCUCAGCGCCUGCUAUCACUAAAGGUCAUGGCGGCCUACACUCAGUGGAAGGUAUUGGAAUUGGAUUUCCUCCACCACUCUUGAACAAACAGCUAUACGACAGUGCCCUUGCAGUGGAAGAAUCUGAGAGUCGUGCCAUGUCACGGCGCCUGGCAAAGGAGGAGGGCAUUUUGGCCGGUACCUCUACAGGCCUCAAUGUAGUAGCUGCGAUUGAGCUGACAAAACAACUAGGGCCUGGAAAGGUCGUGGUCACCGUUGCUUGCGACACGGGCCUGAAAUAUGUGCGAGGCAAUCUCUUCACAGAAGAAUAG